GACUAUCUUACUGAGUGUAAUCUCUUUGCUUAAUGAGCCCAACACGUUCUCUCCUGCCAAUGUGGAUGCGUCAGUCAUGUUCAGGAAAUGGAGGGACAGUAAAGGAAAAGACAAGGAGUACGCAGAAAUCAUAAGGAAACAGGUUUUGGCUACCAAAGCCGAGGCAGAGAAGGAUGGCGUGAAGGUCCCCACCACGCUGGCAGAGUACUGCAUCAAAACUAAAGUGCCUUCCAACGACAACAGUUCGGAUUUGCUUUACGACGACUUGUAUGACGACGACAUUGAUGACGAAGAUGAGGAGGAGGAGGAUGCCGACUGUUACGAUGACGACGAUUCUGGCAACGAGGAGUCGUGACCUGCUCCCUCUCAGCCCCUGUACUGCCCUGCCGACUCAGGCCAGAAGGGAGCAGCGGUAACCUAGCAGCAGUCCAGCAAAAAAGUGGUGGGGGGGGGAUCAAAAAAACUUUGUCUCCUGCUGUCUCCUGUUGUAUGGAUCUGUUUGCUCCUUUUUUAUGGACCUCUUAGAGACCCUCCACAGAAUGUCUGAAUUCUUGCAUUCUUUACCCUUUCAUCACUGUAUCAUUUCUUUUUAAAAAAGAAACUCCCCUUUUCACUUCUCUACAAAACGCUCACAGUGAAACAGGUUUGCUCGCGUUUAGAUUCAUGAGUUAAAUACAGUCUUGCAUUGAGAUGUUUAAUGUAUUUAAAGCUGGAACAGACCCACUGGAAGCUGGGUUUUUGGGAGCUCAAGUGCUGCAUUUAUUGGGAAGAAACAAAAAAAUCCACACAAAGCAAAUUGCCAAGGUUUAGCUGCUCCAUUUACAAUACUAGCGUGUGUACAUUCGUUUAGCCUUGUGGUGGUGGCUUUCCCUUUAUAAGGUGGGGGGUGGAGAGUGUAAAGCUACUGUGUGUUGAGCUUGAUGGGAUGUCACUGAAAGGUACAGUAUUCCUUUUCAGCCCGCUCAAGAUAGCAAAUGGCUGGCUUGUGAUACGAUCCCUGAAAUAAACACUUAACACUUCACGUCUCUACGA